UACAUUUUAGUCACUUAUAAUAGCAGACAUUUUGAAAUGGCGCCAAAACUGACGCCAUUUCCGCUGACAACAACAGCAGGAACAAACACAACAACUAGCUGGCAUAAUUUGAAAAUAAUUACAACAAUAAUAAUUGGCAUUUUAUUAUUAAAAACUCAACAAAUUUUAGCACAAGAUAUAGAAGUAUCACCAACAUUACUGCACCAUUACAAUGACAAUGAAAAUUCCAUCUACCAUGACGAGGAAGGCGAUGUCAGCAACAGCAGCAGUAGCAACCCAACUGGCACUAGCAAUAUGGAAAUGCCAGAAGUAUUCACGUGUCCAGCGGAAGGUUUAUAUGCACACAAUUAUGAAUGUCAAUUGUACUAUCGUUGUGAAGCUCAAACAAAUGGCUACAUUAAAGCAUAUUUGUUAAACUGCAAAAAAGGUACAAUAUUUUCACGUGAUUUGAAAUUGUGUAUGCCAGCCAUGCUGGCCAAUCGCGAGGAAUGUCAACAAUAUAUAAAUGAAAUUGAUACAUUGGCAAGUGAUGAUGAUAAUGUUGUUAUUGGAGCUGGAGCUGGAGCUGAAGUGGCAGCAGGUGACAAGAGACAAGGCGUUUAUUUUGGGGGUUAUGGUGGUGAUGUUAUUAAUAGUUCAGUUGAUGAUGAUGGCGAUAGUAUUGAUAGUCGUUUGAUGCAUGUUCUCAAUACAGCCAAAGUUAAGGGUGGCAUUGCAAAUAACGGCAAUGCUAUGGAUGGCGCAUACAAUCAUUGGCAAAAUUAUGGCCUCACAGGAUUAAGUGGUGUUUCGGUAAUUUCCUUUUCAACUUCAUCAGCACGCUCGGCUGGCACGGGCAGCGGUAGCAGUAGCAGCAGUACAGAUAAUGACCAAGGGCCACCAUGCGAAGAUGAUGGAUUUAUGAGCGAUCCAGAUGACUGCACUGUAUUUUAUCGUUGUAUUUCGAAUGGUCGUACAUUUAAUAAAAUUGGCUUCCGGUGCUCGGAUGGUACAGCAUGGGAUGAAUCAUUGCAAUCAUGUAAUCACUUGUUAAGUGUACGUGCUAAUGGUGGAUGUCAAGGUAAACAAGGCAUACAAAUGGAUGAGUAUAACAAUGAGCAGACAUCAACACAAUCGUCACACACAAAUUAUCAGAAUAGUACAUCCUCGUCAUCAUCAAGUUCACAACAAAGCUCUAGUAGUUCCUCAUCUACAUCGAGCUCUUCGUCAUCAUCAUCUCAACAAUCUAGUAGCACAGAAAGUUCUUCGUCUUCUUCAAACAAUCAACAAUCUUCCACCUCAUCGUCUAGUCAUGACAAUUCCACACAAAGUUCAAGUAACCAAUCUUCUUCAAACCAAAGUAGCAGCAAUCAGGAAAACUCCAAUUCGAAUGCCGAAAACUCAAAUACCGGUCAACAGAACUCAAACUCCAAUAGUGACAACUCUAAUUCCGAGAACUCCAGUAGCAAUCAAGAUUCUAAUUCCCAAAACUCCUCAAAUAAUAACAAUCAACAAAACUCAAACUCUAAUUCAAAUAGCGGAAGUUCUAAUUCCCAAAACUCUAACAAUAACAACAAUCAACAAAACUCAAAUUCUAAUACACAAAACACAAACAAUCAGGGUUCAUCAACUUCGAAUUCCCAAAAUUCCGGAUCUAACAUCGAAUCAACAACUUCGUCUAACUCACAAUCUCAAAAUAAUAACAAUCAACAAGAAAGUUCAUCCAACUCGAAUAGCACUUCCAAUCAACCCUCAGCCACUGAUUGCGUAGAUGACAAUACUUAUAUAGCUGACAAAGAAGAUUGCGCUAAAUUCUACCGUUGUCGUGAUAAUGGAAAUGCUGGUUUAGAAAUAGUGCCUUUCACUUGUGGACCUGGAACUGUUUGGAAUCAGGAUGAUAAAGUUUGCGAUUUACCAACUGAUUCACAACGUGAGAAAUGUAAACAACAAGGUACAUCUUCUGGAAAUCAAUCAGGAUCAUCCAGUUCUUCAAAUAUUCAAUCCGGAUCAUCUUCAAAUAAUAAUAACAAUCAAUCAAGUUCAUCAAAUAAUCAAUCUGGAUCAUCAUCAAAUAGUAACAAUCAAUCUAGUCACUCUAACAACCAAUCUGGAUCGAACAGCAAUCAAUCAAAUUCUAAUAAUCAAUCGGGAUCAUCAUCAGGCAGUAACAAUCAAUCAGGAUCAUCAUCGAACAGUAACAAUCAGUCUGGAUCUUCGUCAAAUAGUAACAAUCAAUCUGGUUCAUCUAACAAUCAGUCUGGAUCGUCAUCAUCGAACGGUAAUAAUCAAUCUGGAUCAUCAACAAGUAGUAACAACCAAUCGAAUACAUCAGCAAACAAUAAUAACCAAUCGAAUACAUCUAAUAAUCAGUCAGGAUCUUCAAAUAAUCAAUCAAAUAACCAAUCUGUGUCAAACGGCAGCAAUCAAUCCAGUUCAUCUAGUAAUCAGUCUGGAUCAUCAUCGAACAACAACAAUCAAUCAGGUUCCUCAAAUAAUCAGUCUUCCGGCAAUCAAUCUACAUCAUCCAACAAUCAACAAAGCUCCAAUGAAGGACAGCAACAGAGUAAACCACAAAAACCUUCAAAUCCUGAUGGCAAAUGUCAAGAUUCUGAAACUUAUCUACAAGAUAAAUAUGACUGUGCACGGUUUUAUCGUUGCGUAGAUAAUGGUAAUGGUGGUUUCGAUACAAUAGCUUUUGAUUGUGCCCCUGGUACUGUUUGGGAUCCAGACUCAAAGGGUUGCAAUCAUCCAACAGAUGUACAAAAAGAACAAUGCAGGGUAAUGGCAAGUAAUGAAACGUCUUCAUCAUCUUCUGGUUCCUCAACAUCUACAGAAGCAAAUCAAUCUUCAUCAUCUAAUCAACAAGGAUCUUCUACAAGUUCUGGAUCUAAUGAAUCAGCAUCGAACAAUCAAGGUUCUAACUCCAACUCAUCUUCAUCAAACAAUAACAACCAAAAUGGUUCGUCCAACCAGUCAUCAUCAAAUAAUCAAGGAUCUAACUCUUCUUCAAAUAAUAAUCAAAGUGGAUCGUCGCAAACAGGAUCACAACAAACCGAAUCAAAUCAGUCAUCUUCGUCGAACAAUCAAAAUCAAGGAUCCAACAAUCAAGGUUCUAGCUCAUCGUCAUCAAACAACAAUAAUAAUCAAAGUGGUUCAUCUAACCAAUCAUCAUCUAGUUCACAAUCAGGUUCCCAACAAGGUUCUACAACAGCUACAAAUCAAUCAUCAUCUUCGUCGAGUAACCAAAAUCAAGGAUCUAGCAAUCAAAGCUCUAGUUCAUCUUCAUCGAACAACAAUAAUAAUCAGAGUGGUUCCUCUAACCAAUCAUCAUCUACUUCACAAUCAGGAUCACAACAAGGUUCUACAGCAACUACCGAAUCAAAUCAAUCAUCGUCUUCAUCAAAUAACCAAAAUCAAGGAUCUAACAAUCAAAAUUCCAAUUCAUCGACAUCUUCAUCCAACAACAACAAUAAUCAAAGUGGUUCCUCUAACCAAUCAUCAUCGAGCUCACAAUCAGGAUCAAAUCAAUCAUCAUCUUCAUCUAGCAGUAAUAAUCAAAGCGGCUCAUCCAAUCAAUCAUCAUCUUCCUCUUCUGCAAGUAAUCAAGGAUCAUCAACUUCCUCUUCUUCAUCUCAAUCCAACAAUAAUAACAAUCAAACUACCACAACACAAAAACCGUUCAAACCAGCAACACAUUGCGAAAGCGAAGAAACAUUUUUGGAAGACAAAGAAGAUUGCAAUAAAUUCUACAGAUGUAUUGAUGACGGUAAAGGAGGAUAUAAUAAAGUAUCAUUCAAAUGUCCACCAGAUACUGUAUGGAAUCCUCCAGCUAACAGUUGUGAUCAUCCAGCACAAGUUCAAAAUCUUAACUGUAAAAUGACAUCAAGUAGUGGUCAAAAUUCAACUGGUAGCAAUACUCAAGGUUCGUCAUCAUCAACAGAAUCAAGCGGUUCAUCAUCUUCUUCAUCCAAUAAUCAAUCUUCUGGUUCAAGUUCCACAACAGGCUCAUCCACCACAGAGCAAAACAAUAAUAAUCAGUCUUCUUCCCAAUCUGGUUCAUCAUCUUCCUCAAAUAAUCAGUCAACUGGUUCAAGUGAAUCUCAGUCUUCUAGUAGUAGCAACAAUAACCAAGAGUCAUCAUCAACAGAAUCAAGCAGUUCUUCAUCCAAUAAUCAAUCUUCUGGUUCAAGUUCCACGACAGGUUCAUCCACCACAGAGCAAAACAAUAGCAAUCAGUCUUCUUCCCAAUCGGGAUCAUCAUCAUCCUCAAAUAAUCAGUCAUCAGGAUCAAGUGGAUCUCAGUCUUCUGGUAGUAGCAACAAUAACCAAGGGUCGUCAUCAUCAACGGAAACCAGCAGUUCUACAUCAUCUUCUUCAUCCAAUAAUCAAUCUUCUGGUUCAAGUUCCACGACAGGUUCAUCCACCACAGAGCAAAACAAUAGCAAUCAGUCUUCUUCCCAAUCGGGUUCUUCAUCCUCGUCAAAUAAUCAAUCAUCAGGAUCAAAUACAUCAUCGACAACUCAAGGAUCAGGAUCAAAUUCAACACAAUCAAGUUCAUCAUCUCAAUCAGGAUCAUCAUCCCAAUCAGGAUCAUCAUCUCAGCAACAAAAUCCCGUUGGCACUUGCAAAGGCAACAAUCAAUAUUUAGAUGAUUCCAAAGACUGUGCAAAAUUCUAUCGUUGCGUAAAAAAUAGCAAAGGAGGAUAUGAUAAGGUAGUAUUUACUUGUGGACCCGGCACUGUAUGGGAUAGUCAAAUUGAGGGAUGUAAUCAUGCAUGGGCAGUUAAAAACAAAAAAUGCGGUACAGGUUCCGAUUCCGGAACUCAACCGGGAACACAACAAACAACAACGAAACCAACCACACAGCGACCACACAGCGGCACACUUACAACUAGCAAACCAUCGGAACAAAAACCUACCAGUUCGCCUACACAAAAACCCUCUACCUUAAAACCAACUACGUCUAAACCAUCAUCGACACAGAAGCCUACAAUGGAAGGAGCGACAUCUACCCAACCUCCUUCCCAGGAAAUUUGCAAAACGGAAGGUUUCACAGGAGAUCCGAAUGAUUGUUCGCGUUUCUAUCGUUGUGUAGAUAAUGGAAAUGGAAAAUUUACACAAUAUUCUUUCAGAUGUGGUAAAGGCACAGUAUGGGACAGUGAAUUGCAAACAUGUAACCACGAUUUGAAUAAAUGUAUUGUGAAUUCUGGUGGCGAAGGACCUUCGACACAAAAACCACAACAGGUAACCACUUCAGGUCCUGGUUAUUUACCACCUUCUCAGAAGCCUCAAACCACUACUAGCACUACCAGCAAGCCGGGAUAUGAACCAACUACCCAAAGGCCACAAGAUACAACAACGAAACCGGGAUAUCAACCAACUACACAAGCACCACAAGGAACAACUGGAAAACCUGGAUAUGAACCAAGUUCACAGACACCACAAGAAACAACAACAAUAAAACCAGGAUAUGAACCUACCACACAAACACCGCAGGAAACAACAACUGGAAAACCUGAAUAUGUACCUACCACCCAAAUAACUCAAACAACAACUAUGCAACCAGGUUAUCAACCAACUACAACUACUCAAACACCUCAAGAUACUACAACUGGUAAGCCAGGUUACCAGCCCACUACAGAAUAUCCUCAAACAACAACCGAUAAAUAUCCCGACACUACAACAUCCGGUAAAUAUCCAGAAACUACCAGUCAACCUAUAACCACUACCAUAAAACCCAAUCCAAACGAGCCCAUAUCAUCUAAUGACAAAUGCUCAAAAGAAGGUUUCUUCGGUGACAGCCAAGACUGUCAAAAGUUCUAUAGAUGUAUUGACAACGGCAACGGUAAUUUCGAAAAGCAUUCAUUCAAAUGCGGAAAUAACACUGUAUGGGACGCAGAAAUUGAAAGUUGUAAUCAUCCUGCUAAUGUAGCGGAUCCUAGAUGUCGUAUCGUAACUCCUACCGGUAUGCCAACAACUACUGACUCUUAUUAUACCACUACUACAGCUAAAUACGAGAGCACAACUGGAAGCGCAAAUCCAACUACAACGUACAAACCAACCACUGCGUCCACAGAAUCCAUGCCAACUGGCGACUUGACAACAACUAUGCAACCAACUUCUACCACACCGAUACCAAAUUUACCACCCGGUAAAAAAUGUCAAGGAGAGGGUUUUAUGGCUGAUCCAGAUAACUGUCGAAUAUUCUACCGUUGUAUUCAAACUGCUGAAGAUUACGAACGACAUGAAUUUAAAUGUGCUAAAAAUACAGCUUGGAAUGAAGAAAACCAAACGUGUGAUCAUCGAGAUAAUGUAGAUCGCUGUCGCGGACAAACAGAGGAAUCAGAACCAGAAACAACUACUAUCGAAUAUCAGAGCACAACAACAACUGAAAAAUAUUCUUCUACCACAAUUAUGUCGACUACUGAAACCUUUGAGAAGCCAACAACUAUGAAGCCGACUACCACAUUUAAACCUACAACUACUUACCCUGCUACCUCAACAAUAGUCGAAGAGUCUAGUACAACCACAUCUACACCCACAGAUUAUACUACUACUAUGCAACCUUCUUCUACAACACCUGUACCCAACUUAACCCCAGGCACUAAGUGUGAAGGAGAAGGAUUCAUGGCUGACCCCGAUAAUUGUCGUAAAUUCUAUCGCUGUGAAAAGAGUGGUAACGGUUAUUCCAAACAUGAAUUUAUGUGUUCCAAGGGAACAGGCUGGAGCGAAGUGAAGCAGACAUGUGAUCAUAGAGACACCAUCGAUCGUUGUCAGGGACAAACUGAACAACCAGACCCUGAAUCAACUACUAUGGAAUAUACCACAUACGGACCAACAACCAGCGAAAGUACUACAACGGGUUAUGAAAAACCUACAACAACUACGGGAUAUGAGAAACCCACAACAUCAUAUGAGACCACAACUAUUGCUGCUCAAAAACCAACCACAAUGCCUACCACUACUGAGCCAAGCACCUCAACUACCGAUUAUACUACAACCAUGAAACCAACAUCAACCACACCUGUUCCAAAUCUUCCUCCAGGAAAGCAGUGCAGCGGAGAAGGUUUUAUGGCUGACCCCGAUAAUUGUCGUAAAUUCUAUCGCUGUGAAAAGAGUGGCAACGGUUAUUCCAAACAUGAAUUUAUGUGUGCCAAGGGAACAGGCUGGAGCGAAGUGAAGCAGACAUGUGAUCAUAGAGACUCAAUCGAUCGUUGCCAGGGACAAACUGAACAACCAGACCCUGAAUCAACUACAAUGGAAUAUACCACAUAUGGACCAACAACCAGCGAAAGUACUACAACGGGUUAUGAAAAACCUACAACAACUACGGGAUAUGAGAAACCCACAACAUCAUAUGAGACCACAACUAUUGCUGCUCAAAAACCAACCACAAUGCCUACCACUACUGAGCCAAGCACCUCAACUACCGAUUAUACUACAACCAUGCAACCAACAUCAACCACACCUGUUCCAAAUCUUCCUCCAGGAAAGCAGUGCAGCGGAGAAGGCUUUAUGGCUGACCCCGAUAAUUGUCGAAAGUUCUACCGCUGUGAGAAAAAUGGUAAUGGCUACUCCAAGCAUGAUUUUAUGUGUACCAGGGGCACUGGAUGGAAUGAGGAGAAACAAACAUGUGAUCACAGAGAUAAUAUAGAACGUUGUCAAGGACAAACUGAGGAACCAGAACCUGAAACUACAACCAUGGACUACACGACCAGCAGUUCAGUAAGUGGAACAACUACAACUGGUUAUGAGAAGCCCACAACUACAACAACACAAUUUCCCACAACUAGCAUGAAACCUACUAGUACUGAAUCAAGUACUACUACAGAUUACACUACCACAAUGCAACCGACUUCAACCACUCCUGUUCCCAACUUACCACCAGGCGACAAAUGUAACGGAGAAGGUUUUAUGGCAGACCCCGAUAAUUGUCGUAAAUUCUAUCGUUGUGAAAAAACGGGCAAUGGUUUUUCGAAACAUGAAUUUAUGUGCGCUAAAGGUACAGGCUGGAAUGAAGAGAAACAAACCUGUGACCACAGAGACAACAUUGACCGUUGUCAGGGACAAACUGAACUACCAGAUCCUGAAACAACUACAGCAGAGUAUACCACUUAUAGGCCAAUUACUAGUACUGCAAGUGAGACUACUACGACCGGAUAUGAGAAACCCACUACUACAACCGGAUUUGAAAAACCCACAACUACAACAGCCUCAUAUGAAUCAACUACAAUGGAAACUCUAAAGCCCACCCCUACAACUCAAUUCCCCACAACUGCAACAGCACCUACAAAUCCUACAAAUACUGAACCAAGUACUACCACAGAUUACACUACCACUAUGCAACCUACAUCCACUACUCCAGUACCUAAUUUACCACCUGGAAAGAACUGUAAUGGAGAAGGUUUUAUGGCUGACCCUGACAAUUGUCGCAAGUUCUAUCGCUGUGAGAAAAGCGGAAAAGGUUACUCCAAACAUGAAUUUAUGUGUGCUAGGGGCACGGGUUGGAAUGAAGAAAAACAGACCUGUGACCACAGAGAUAACAUUGAACGUUGUCAAGGACAAACCGAAGAGCCUGAACCGGAAACCACAACAAUGGAAUAUACCACUGGUAGCCCCACAACAACUACUGGCUAUGAAAAACCAACUACUACUACGGAAUAUGAAAAACCCGUGACUACAACUACUUCGUAUGAGACAAGUACCAUGACCUCACAAAAACCAACGUCAACUACACAAUUACCAACAACUACUUUACAAUCCACUACUACAGAUUACACUACCACCAUGCAACCAACAUCAACCACCCCUGUACCAAACUUACCACCAGGAAAGAACUGCAAUGGGGAAGGUUUCAUGGCUGAUCCCGAUAAUUGUCGCAAAUUCUAUCGCUGUGAGAAGAGUGGUAACGGCUACUCCAAACAUGAGUUUAUGUGUGCCAAAGGUACUGGAUGGAGUGAAGAGAAGCAGACAUGUGAUCAUAGAGACAACAUCGAUCGCUGUCAGGGACAAACUGAAGAACCAGAUAUAGAAACUACAACUAUGGAAUAUACCACAACUAAACCAACUACCACACCUCCAAGUCAAACUACGACCGAAAAUGAUAAGACUACAACAGGUUAUGAGACAACUACCAUGACCUCACUUAAACCAACCACUACUACCCAAACACCUACAACCGCACUGCCCAUUACCAAGCCAACCACUGAAUCCGCGACCAGUUCAACUGAUUUUCCAUCCACUACCACGGAUUAUACGACAACCAUGCAGACUACCACAACCACACAAGUGCCAAAUCUUCCACCCGGUAAGAAAUGUCCAGGUGAAGGAUUCAUGGCCGAUCCUGAUAAUUGUCGUAAAUUCUACAGAUGUAUAAUGAAUGGUGAAAAAUUAGAACAGCAUGAGUUUAUGUGCGGCAAAGGAACAGGUUGGAGUGAAGACAAACAAACUUGUGAUCAUGCGGCCAAUAUAGAGCGAUGCGAAGGACAAAUAGAAGAACCAGACACCACAACAACUGGAUACGAAACAACUACAGAUAAGCCAACAGAUAGUACAACAAUAAAAACCACCACAAUGCCUGUAGAAACCACCACUAUGGCAAUGACAAAACCUACAACCACUGAGCAGCCAACAGAUAAACCAGGAUAUGUGCCCACUACAACGGAAUCUCCUACAACGACAGAAACUCCCAACACCACUGUCCAGUCAACGGUUAAACCAGGAUAUGAACCCUCCACAACUACGAGUUCUCCUACAACGGCAGAAACUACUACCUACUACCCCACGACUAUGAAACCCACUGACAAGCCUGGAUACGUACCCACCACUACUGAAACUUCACCAAUGUCUACGACUACCGAGUAUUAUGAAAGUACUACAAUGGAACCCAUAAAUCAUACCUGUUCUGGUGAAGGUUUCUUCCCGGAUGCGGAUGAUUGUAAUCGUUAUUAUCGUUGUGUAGAUGCAGAUAAAAAUGGUAAUUAUCAAGUAUAUAGUUUCCGUUGUCCCAAAGGUACUGUAUGGGAUACUUCAUUAGAUACUUGCAACUAUGCCGAUAAAGUAUCGGGCAAUUGUUCAUCAGGUUCUUCAACAACUGAAUAUCCUUCAACAACUGAAAUUAGUUCAACAGGCAAACCGGAGUCAACAACAACUGAGAAUGCUAAGGAUACUACAACUACGGAAAAACCUGAGACAACAACUGAAAAUCCAAAAGAAACUACCACAAUUGCCACAACAGAUCCCACUACAACUGAAAAACCUAAGGAAACCACAACCAUGGGAAAACCUGAAACUACAACUACCGAAAAUCCCAAGGAUACCACAAUCAUGGGAAAACCAGAAACUACAACAACUGAAUAUCCCAAAGACACCACUACUACGGACAAACCAGAACCUACAACAACUGAAAAUCCCAAAGACACCACUACUACGGGCAAACCGGAACCAACUACAACUGAAAUUCCUAAGGAUACCACAACAACUUCUCAACCUUUAGAAAGUACUACCACAGACAAGCCUCUAGAAACUACGGAGACAUCUAAGGACACUACAACCACUACGAAACCCGAAACAACAACACUUGAACCAAUUACCGGUCAAACCACAACACAACCAGAAACUUCUAGCAAUACAACAGCUCCCUGUCCACCAACCAGUGCAGGUCAAAAUCUGUUCAUAUGUCCGACAGGCUUCAGACGUCAUCCAAAACAUUGUAACAUGUUCUAUCAAUGUACUGAAAAUGCCGAUAGCUAUGAUCAAAGUAUAGUUGUCUUUAAAUGUCCCAAUGGCACUGUAUACCACGAAAAUCUCAAUAGAUGUGAUGUCCCAAAGCCUGGUGAAGAUUGUGAGACAAAGUCUAGAACGCAAACAGCAUUAUAUGAAGAGGAGUACAAGCACAGUCAUAUGAUUCAAAUUCGUUCAACUACACCCCUGUGUCCCAAAGACGGACACUUUGCCUUAAAUAAUGAUGAAUGCGCUCAGCUCUUUGUGAAAUGUCAAUUUUCAACCCAAACUCAACGCUUAGAAGGACAAAUAUUUAGAUGUCCUAAAGGUUUCACCUAUUGGUCAAUAAGUCGCCGUUGCGAACGUACACAGAAAUUGCAAAAUUGUGCAACAACCAAGUAUGAUGUCUCAUCAUCGAUACCAGUGGAAUGGUCAAAUAUUGGCAAUAGACGUAGAAAUCUUAAAAUUUAAAUUAUUAAUGCCACCAUACGCCCUCUUUCCCUCCUACUAAAUACUUACUUAGACUUAGUUAGGCUUUAAGAUUGUAAUAUUAAAUAAAAGAUUCGUUUGCUAUGCUUGCAAAAUAUCGACAUACGGACCUAAUUUCUUUUUGGUUGUAUUCCAUUUCCCCACUUUCUUGCAGGCAUAACAAAUGAUGGACUAUAAGCAAUAUUUAUUUUAGAUUUAAACAAAUACGUAUUUUAAUUCUAAGAAAAACUAUUGGGUAUCGGUGUUGGUUUUUUGAUUUCUUUUAGAAAAGAGGAAAAUGGUCGGAUAUUUUAAGUUAAUUAAGUUAAUUCCAUAUAUUGCCAAUUUCCGUUCAUUUAGGUUGUAAGCAGUUUUUCUAUUCUUAUUUUAGGAUAUUUUUAAAAAGGUAUUUUUUAAUAACUAAUUAUUGAAAUAAAUUAUUUAAAAUAUUAUUACAAUAAAAUGCCAUAAAAAGUAUGUAGAUUUAAGUAAACGAAUGAAAAUAAAAAUUUAAAUUUUGUAUUAAAUAAAAAUAAAA